AUGCCGGAAAUGCCCACAAGCCGUUCUAUGUUCACUCUUAAAGAUGUAGAAGGCAGUGUUACAACUUUUGCAGGAACAGGUAGCCCAGAUGUAGACCAUUGGAUUCAAGAGUUAGAAGAGUGUGCUUUGACCGUUGAGUGGAACCAGCUUCAACUAUUCAUUUACUCUAAACAGUUGCUUAGUGGAGCUGCAAAAUCUUUCAUUCGCAGUCAGGUUAAUAUUCGCAAUUGGGAUUCUCUCAAGGCAGCAUUGCGCAGGGAAUUUGCAGUUAAAAUAUCGUCGGCAGAGGUGCAUCGCAAGCUAGGUCAGCGGGUGCUAGCAAAAGGAGAAACUCUUCAGGAAUAUUUGUAUGCGUUGAUGGAAAUUGCUAAGCCAGUCAAUUUAGACGAAGAGAGUUUAAUCGACUACUUCGUGAAGGGAGUGCCAGAUGCCACGGCGAACAAGAUCAUGUUAUACCAGAACAAAACUAUAAGGGAUCUGAAGGAGCAGAUUGAAGUCUACAAGAAAGUUCGUGGCACUUAUAAGGGAUCAUUCAGGAAUGAGCAGCGUACAGCUGAGACGGAAGGAUCAAAAGGUUUUGUCUCAAAACCCGAGUUUAUGCGAAAAUGCUUUAAGUGCGGAGAUCCGUCCCACUUAAAAAAGGAUUGCAAGAAGAAGGACAAUUUUAAUUGCUAUCGCUGCGGACAGCCAGGUCAUCGUGCUGCACAGUGCAAGACCGAACACGAGGUGAAGAAAGAGAGUAACACUAAUGCUAUUCACUUGGAGAGCGCAGCCACGAAACCAAAAAGCGAGUUAACAGCUUCCGGCCUUGAACUAAAAGUUGUAAAGCAUCCCGUUGUUCAAUUUAAAGGACUCGCCGACACAGGUGCAGAUCUAUGCUUGAUGCGCAGGAACAUUUUCCUCAAGAUAGGCAGCAAACUUCUCACUGGAAGAGAGAAAUGCUUGACUGGAAUAGGCGAGAGUCAGGUAUUGAUGUUUGGAAGUAUAAUCCUACCAGUUGAAAUAGACAACAUCGAAAUGGAGGUGCAGUUCCGCGUAGUUCCGGAAGAAGACAUGGGUUUUGACGCUAUUUUAGGCAGAACUAUUCUUGACAUUGUGGACAUGAAAGUUACUAAGGAAGGCACCAAGUUUUUGCGUCGAAACGUAUCCAGAAGUAUCGAUGAAGAGCAGAGCAACAUAGAUACCGAUUUUCUACAAGAGUUUAGGGGCAUGUGUGCAGAACAGGUGGCAGUUUCAGGUCAAGUUGAUUUGUCGCAUUUAGAUCAAUCUCAGGUGGUCGAGGUCAAGAAUUUGAUUGAGGAGUACGUAGCUGAACGCAAUGUAGACGCACCAGUACAAAUGAAAAUCAUUCUGAAGGACGAAAUACCUGUUUAUCAGCAUCCAUGGCGCUUCCCUGUCUGUGACCAGAAAACAGUGAACGAUCAAGUUAAGGAGUGGCUUUCAGAGAAGAUUAUCCAACCGAGUACCUCGGAAUAUGCGUCUCCAGUAGUUUUGGUAUCCAAGAAAAACGGAAAGAAGCGUUUAUGUUGUGACUAUCGGAAGCUAAACGAGAAGAUUAUACGAGACAAUUUCCCUAUGGCUCAUAUGGAGACCGUUCUGGACAAACUCCAAGGAUCCAAAAUAUUCACCACUUUGGAUCUAACCAACGGUUUCUUCCACGUUCCCAUUGAACCAGUUUCUGGAUCGGGAUUCAAAAACUUGGUCAACUUUUUCAUCAAAAUCGGUGCCACCUAUGGCGAAAACGUGGACGUGGACGACCUAAUACCCCAUGAGAGAACAUUAAGCCGGAAUGCGGAAAAACUAGCCAUGGAAAAAAGGAAAAUUGUUGCUGAGGAUGUUAAAGAUCUAAUGAAAAGCGGAGGAGUGGCAGCAACGCUAGAUAUGUGA